GGGUGACUGCUGCCAUUAAAGCUGAGGAUUUGAAUGAUUUCUCCAUUGGUCUUGAACUUCAAAAGCAUAAAACUGAGGAGAUUUUCAAACAAGAGGCCUGUGAAGAAUCUCCAUCCAGUUUACAGUCCUGGUCCACUAAUACGGGACGACUGGCUACACAGGAGAAUUCUGUAGAGCUGAAAUCAGAGUUAUCAGAGUCUGAAGAGAAAAUCACCGAGGGAAAUGGGAGAGAAGGAGAAGAGUCACAUGGGAGUGUUGGAAUAAAUUUACAGAAGAAUGGCAGCUUCUCUCCACCUUCAUUUGGUCAGCCCUCCCUUCAAUACAAAGAGAAAGGUAUGAAGAAAUCAGCAAGAGGAUCAGAGAACCUGACAGCAGCCUUUUUUCAGUGCAGUUCUCUCCCUAAUGCUGGAGUAACACAGACAGUAGCCAUCAAAACUGAUCGACAGCAAGUGGAGAAAGAAAUCCAAAUUCACAAUGGAAAAAAAUGUUUGGAAUGUGGCAAACAAUUCAUGCAGAAAAGGGAUCUUAAUAAGCAUAUGAAGAUUCACACUGGAGAAAAACCUAUUUGUUGCCCUGAAUGUGGUAAGCCAUUCUCAACGAGUAGGCAUCUUCAGAGGCACAGAAAAAUCCACACAGGAGACAAACCUCAUUGUUGCCCUGAAUGUGGUAAGCCAUUCUCAACGAGUAGCCAUCUUCAGAG